AUGAGAAUUUCUUUAGUUUCAUUGUUUUCCUUCUUUCUUUGCUACUGCAUUUAUAUUAGUUUCAAUAUCACUUUUAUCUCUGCCAAAUGUCUUGAGGAUCAACAAUCAUUGCUACUCCAAUUAAAGAACAAUCUCACUUUCGAACUAGAAAGUUCUACCAUACUAAAGUUGUGGAAUGAAAGCAUUGCUUGCUGUGAUUGGAUUGGUGUAACGUGUGAUGGUAAAGGAUUUGUUAUUGGCCUUGAUCUGAGUGGUGAAUCAAUCUCUGGUGGAUUUGAUAAUACAAGUAGUCUUUUUAGUCUCCAACAUCUUCAAAAAUUGAACUUGGCUGAUAACAAUUUUAACUCUGUCAUUCCAUCAGGAUUCAACAAGUUGGAGAUGCUAACUUAUUUGAAUAUGUCAUAUGCUAACUUUGUGGGGCAGGUUCCUAGUGAUAUUUCUCAACUUACAAGGUUGAUUACUCUUGAUAUCUCUUCUUUUAGCUAUGAUUUCAUAGGACAAAAUCUACACAAGCUUGUUCAAAAUCUUAGUAGUAUUAGGCAACUUUAUUUGGAUGGUUUAAAUAUAACAGGCCAGAGACAAGAAUGGUGCAAUGCUUUGUUGCCAUUGCGUAACCUGCAAGAACUAAGCAUGUCUUAUUGUGAACUAACAGGACCCCUUGAUUCUUCUCUAAGCAGACUAGAGAAUCUAUCAAGCAUUAAUUUUUAUAGGACCCUUUUAUCAUCCUCAGUGCCAGAAUCAUUUGCAAAUUUUAAAAUCCUGACCACCCUCAAUCUUGCAUUUAGUGGAUUGGCUGGUAUAUUUCCACAAAAGAUCUUUCAAAUUGAAACAUUGUCAUUUAUUGACUUAUCCUUCAACUACAAACUCCAUGGUUCAUUUCCAGAAUUUCCACAAAGUGGAUCUAUCAAAACCUUAAGGGUAAGUAACACAAGCUUCUAUGGAGCAUUACCUAACAGUAUUGGAAACCUUAGACACUUAACUGAAUUGGAUCUUUACAUUUGUCAAUUUAAUGGAACACUUCCAAAUUCAUUGUCAAACCUCACACAACUCAGAUACUUGGAUUUGUCAUAUAAUAGUUUUAGUGGUCCACUGCCAUCAUUUAACACUUCCAAAUUCCUUACCUAUCUAGACCUUUCACAUAAUCGAUUGCAGAAUCUUGUCAACAUUUACUUGAAUGAUAAUUCUAUCAAUGGAAGCAUUCCUUCAUUCCUUUUUACACUCCCGUUACUGGAAAAUAUUAUUCUUUCAUUCAACCACUUCAGUAAUGUAGAAGAAUUCACAAUCAUGUCUUCCUCCAAAUUAAACAUCAUUGAUUUAAGCAACAAUGAUCUAUCAGGGUCUUUUCCAACAUCUAUCUUACAGCUCGGUUCACUUUCUGUCCUCGAUGUUUCCUCUAACAGGUUGAAUGGGUCGCUGCAGCUAGAUAAGUUUUUGGAGCUUAGAAAUUUAACGUAUCUAGACCUUUCAUUCAAUAACUUCUCAAUCAAUGUGAAUGUUGAAAAUGCUGAUCAGACUUCUUUUAACAACAUUGCCACUCUAAAUUUGGCAUCCUGCAACAUAAAAACUUUCCCUAGUUUCUUGAGAAACAAUUCCUCAUUAGCCAAUCUGGACCUUUCAUAUAAUCAAAUUCAAGGAACAGUGCCAAACUGGAUCUGGAAGCUACAAAACCUUCAAAGCCUUAAUAUUUCUCAUAAUUUCCUCACUGAUUUGGAAGGUCCUUUGCAAAACCUCACUUCAAACGUUGUAGUCCUUGACCUUCAUAACAAUCAGUUGAAGGGUCCAAUUCCCUUUAUUCUUAAAGAUGCUAAUUAUUUGGAUUACUCUAUGAACAGAUUUGGCUCCUUUCUCCCUCGAGAUAUAGGUAACUACAGGUCUUUCUUAUUUUUUCUAUCUCUUUCAAAUAAUAGUUUAUAUGGAAAUAUUCCUGAUUCCAUCUGCAAUGCUUUGAAUCUUAGAGUGCUUGAUCUUUCCAUUAAUAACAUUUCUGGAACAAUUCCAUCAUGUCUAAUGUCAAUGACUGAAACCCUUGUGGUAUUAAAUCUGAAGAUGAACAAUCUCAAAGGCUUUAUUCCAGAUGAGUUCCCACCUGAUUGUGUUCUAAGGACUCUAGAUCUCAAAAAGAAUAAGUUAGAUGGAAAGAUUCCAAAAUCUCUUGUGAAUUGCUCAGCAUUAGAAGUGUUAGACCUUGCAAAUAACAAUAUCCAUGACAAAUUUCCAUGCAUGUUGAAGAACAUAUCCACACUCCGUGUCCUCGUCUUACGCCAAAACAGGUUCUAUGGUACCCUCAGAUGUCAAAAGACCAAUGGCACUUGGCACAAGCUUCAAAUAGUUGAUAUAGCCUUUUAUAACUUCAGCGGCAAGUUACCUGGAAGAUACUUCACUAGGUGGGAGGCAAUGAUGUCUGAUGAAAACCAAGAUGAUUCCAAUGUAAAUCACCUCCAAUUUCAAAUUUUUCAAUAUGAGGUAAUAUAUUAUGAGAAUAGCGUGACAGUUUCCAAUAAAGGUCAACAAAUGGAACUGAAGAAGAUUCUUACAAUCUUCACAACAAUUGAUUUCUCAUCCAAUAAUUUUGAAGGACCAAUACCAGAGGUGGUAAUGGACUUCAAAGCACUUUAUGUUCUCAACUUUUCAAACAAUGCUUUCUCUGGUGAAAUCCCAUCAACUAUAGGGAACCUAAAGCAAUUGGAGUCCUUGGACCUAUCAAAUAACUCUUUGGUUGGUGAAAUUCCUGUGCAGUUAGGAAGCUUGUCCUUCCUUUCUUACCUAAACCUUUCCUUCAAUCAUUUGGUGGGGAAGAUCCCAACAGGUACUCAACUUCAGUCAUUUCCAGUUUCUUCCUUUGAAGGAAAUGAUGGGUUAUAUGGUUCUCCAUUGAUUGAAAAACCAAAUGGUAAAAGGGUGGAUGAGCUUUAUCCACAACCUUCAUGUAGAAGGCUAGCUUGUUCAAUUGAGUGGAAUUUUGUAAGUGUGGAGUUGGGAUUCAUUUUUGGACUUGGAAUCAUCAUUGGUCCCCUCAUGUUUUUGAAGCAAUGGAGGAUAAGUUAUUGGAAACUUGUGAACAAAAUUCUUUGCUGGAUUUUCCCUUGUAUGCAUCUUGAAUAUGCAACCCACAGAGGUCAAAGUUACACAAUUUUAAAGUGGAAGUGGCAAUAGUGACUAAUGAAUGAGCUAGUAAAAUAGUGUUUUCUAUUUCCACCACUGUUGUUUAU